ACAUUCGCCGUCGCGUUCGUACCGCUGGCACGUAAAAGUAACCUACAAACGUUUGUGAAUUAACUAAUAAUACAAAUGUUGCUUGUAUUUUUACAAUAAAACGGUGUUAUUACUUAUUUAGUGAAAUACACAUUUAACUGAAGUGAUACAACUGAAGGAUCAUAUUGGAUUUAAUUAUAAAGUGUUACAACACAGUGAAUUUGGCGAAAUCAAAAGUUUCUAAGGACAAAAUGUUCAUUUUGGUGGGCUGUCAUCGGGCAGCCCCCAAAUAUUGUGGAAAGAUGUGGUGGUAUAUUUUAUUUAGUGUAUUGUUUACAAAGACAUUUGCAGUGACGGGUUCUAAUAUUACUACACUUUCUUCCAGCAAGGUGUGCUCGCAAAAGCAAUUCCAAUGUGCGAACGGGAAGUGCAUACCGAUAUCGUGGUUGUGUGAAGGAGACAACGAUUGUGGCGACAACUCAGAUGAAAAUAUUGAGGAAUGCAAAAAAGAAAGUCGUACGUGCACAGCAAACGAGUUCCGAUGCAAGACUGGCCGCUGCAUCCCGCUGUCGUGGCGAUGUGACAACGAGAAGGACUGCUCCGACGGCUCCGACGAAGAAUCUGGCACAUGCAAAGUGGAGGCGUGCGGCCCUGAAGAGUUCACGUGCCGAGGGAAGCAUGGAGAAUGCGUGCCGCUCACCUGGAUGUGCGACGACAACCCCGACUGCUCGGAUGGGUCCGAUGAAAAAGCAUGCAAUGAGACAUGUCGCGCGGACGAGUUUACUUGUGGGAACGGCAAGUGCAUCCAGCAGAGGUGGGUGUGCGACGGCGACGACGAUUGCAGUGACGGCAGCGAUGAAGCCAAGUGCCCGGCGCCUACCUGCCAGCCGCACGCGCACUUCUCCUGCGCUGAUGGUCACUGUAUCUCCGCUAGGUGGCGCUGCGAUAGAGAUAUCGAUUGCCCGGACGGCAGUGAUGAAGCGGGUUGUCCAACAUCACCAAAGGUGAUUUCCCCCUGCGUGUCUACUGAGUUCCAAUGCCACGAUCGUGUAACAUGCGUGCACAAGACAUGGGUGUGCGACGGAGACCGCGACUGCCCUGAUGGCGGGGACGAGGCGCCGGAGAUCUGCAGAGGCAAUGUCACUUGCCGCAUCGACCAGUUCCAGUGUAAAGACCACAGUUGCAUACCCGGCGCCCUCUACUGCAAUGGAGAGAAAGACUGUCCCGAUGGAAGCGAUGAGCUGAAUUGCACGCGACCUAAGCCGAUCUGCGACAGUAAGACGGAGUUCGACUGUGGCGGCGGCAUGUGCAUCCCGCUGUCAAAAGUGUGCGACAAGAAACCCGAUUGCCCUAACUUCGAGGACGAGCCACGGGAUCGCUGCGGAGCUAACGAAUGCGCGACCAACAAUGGUGGCUGCACGCAGCGCUGCGUCGACACACCUGUCGGAUACUACUGCGAUUGUGAUAAAGGAUACAAGCUAGUCGACAAUCGCACGUGUGAAGACAUAGACGAGUGCCUGGACCCGGGCUCCUGCUCCCAAGUGUGCAGCAACGAGAAGGGUACCUUCAAGUGCGAGUGCUACUCGGGCUACGCACGCGACCCGCGCGACCGGACGCGCUGCAAGGCCACCGAAGGUCAUCCCUCGCUGCUGUUCGCCCGUCGCUUUGACAUCCGCAAGAUCAGCCUCGAUCACCACGAAAUGGUCGCUAUCGUGAACGACACGAAGUCAGCAACAGCUUUAGAUUACGUGUUCCGCACAGGAAUGAUAUUCUGGAGUGAUGUCACCGAUGAGAAGAUAUACAAAGCUCCUAUCGACGAGGGCAGUCUUCGUACAGUAGUGAUCGGCGACCAGUUGAUAACAUCAGACGGGCUGGCGGUGGACUGGAUCUACAACCACUUGUACUGGACGGACACCGGCAAGAACCACAUCGAGCUCUCCGACCUGCAGGGCAACAUGAGGAAGAUACUCAUCAGAGAUAGUCUGGAGGAGCCAAGGGCUAUCGCCCUCAAUCCCCUCGACGGAUGGAUGUACUGGACUGACUGGGGUCAGAACCCGAAGAUCGAGCGCGCGGGUAUGGAUGGCUCGCAUCGCCAGACAAUCGUGUCUUAUGACGUCAAAUGGCCCAACGGUCUAACGCUGGAUCUCGUCAGGAAACGAGUAUAUUGGGUGGAUGCUAAAAUGAACACGAUAUCAUCAUGUAACUACGACGGCACUGCGCGACGCCUCAUCCUGUACUCAACUGAUGUGCUUCGACAUCCCUUCUCCAUUACGACCUUCGAGGACUGGGUGUAUUGGACCGACUGGGACAAGACUGCGGUCUUCCGCGCCAACAAGUUUAAUGGGAAAAACGUUGAACCUAUCACUUCGACUCACACGCUGCAGAACCCGAUGGUGAUCCACGUGUACCACCCCUACCGGCAGCCGGAUGGCGUGAACCACUGCGCGGCGGUGAACGGGCACUGCUCCCACCUGUGCUUGCCCGCGCCGCAGCUGGGCCCUGCUGCGCCGCGCGUCGCCUGCGCCUGCCCCACCGGUCUACGCCUGCUACCAGACAACCAGAUGUGCGUCGAGGACAAUGCAAUAAAGCCAGAUGUGGAGGUGCAUAAACCGAGAAAUGGUUCAAAUGAACCAAUAGUUAUUCACGAAAAACCUGUAACCACUGUACCUGAAACUCCAAAGACCAACACGGGAAUCUCAUCGAGCGGGCGCGACGCGGGCGUCGUCGCCGGCAUUGUGAUAGCAGUCAUUACAGGAGUUGUUGUACUUGCUGCAUUGAUAAUUGUUGUAAUGUACCGUCACUACAUGCACCGCAACGUUACAUCAAUGAACUUCGACAAUCCGGUGUACAGGAAGACAACGGAGAACCAAUUCGCUCUGGAGCAGAAUGGCUACGCGCCGGGCAGCAAGCUCUACCCCAGCACCGUCGGCGAAGAGGCACAAGAACCUCUUAAUACUCCCGGUACAAACGAGUAUGUAUAGUGCGAGAUCCGGCACACAGUUUAUAAUAAUAUCGUUAAAUGUGAAAAGGAAACAAAGGACAUGUUGCUGGAAAUGUGAUUGAACCAGUGAACGGAACAUACCAAUGUUGUAUAGUGCUUAACCCAAAACAAAUAGCGUUUAGUGUAAGAAAAUAAGACAGCUAGAAUAUAAGUUAUCUGUGGAGUGGCGCCACUGUCGCUAUUUCAAUACUAACUGCUUUAGUUUCAUUUCCCGCCACUUUACAGAUAAACGGUCGAAUCGAAUAUCGUAACGAUAUGGAUUUCAAAAUGGCGACCAUGUCUGUCAUCUGAUAUUUCAGUUGGAUAUACGUACAAUUGAAUUUAGCUUUGAUAUCGCACAUUUCGGUAGAUGUGAUAUUCUCAUUUUUUAGACUGUGAAUAGUUUGUAGAGCUAUAAAUUAAUGGCAGUUACAAUGAUGCUUUAUUUAAAUUAAUUAUACAACUUUUAUAUUCGAUUUUAGUUAGAUUGUGUUGAAUCGAAAUAAUUUAUGAAUUCGAAUAUUUUGUAUUCAUUGUAGAUAAAAUGUACUUAUUAGAUGAAAUUUAAUUGAAAAUACAGAGAUAUAUCGGCGAAUGUAUACACUUAAAUUAUGUAGGAAAAAAAGUAUAUUUAUUUCACUGUGUGUUCGCUUGUAUUAUUUAUUUAAAAUUUAUGUUUUAAAUUGGCUUAUGAAUGUUAGAGAGGUAGACUGCGAUGUAAUUUCGUGUGCCAAAUUUUAUGCAAUCAAAUUGAUGUCUUUUUAAAAAUAUUCUUGUAGAUUUGUGGUAGUAUAAGAGAAAAAUGCGCAAAUUGUAUUUAUUUGAUUAUACUUCUAAAGAGUUAUAUAUACAGUUAUGUACUACAGUUUUUAAUGUUUAUAUAUUUUAUGUAAAGGUUGUGUUUUGCUAUCCAACAAUAUAUUUACUAUAUUAUAUUUGUAACGGUUGCUUUUGAAUUGGAAUGUAAUUUAAUCGAGCAAAAUCCUGCCAAAAUCCUCUUAAUCUAUCUUAAUAUAGAUAUAUUCUGUAACAAUUACUAUAUACAUUUAAUACUUGAUGCACAUUUCAUACGAUAUACGUAGCUCAAUAAGUGUCGUCACUCAAAUAUUGUGUAAAUAUUAUCAAUAAAAUAAUUAUGUAAAAUGUGUUA